AUGAAAUUUGCAUUAGUUAUUGCUAUAAAAACAGGUGAAAUAAGUUUUCGUAUAGAAAACAAUCAAAUUAGUCUUGGUUAUGAUAUAAGAAAAACAUUACAAAUCAAUUCCUUUGUCAAUUUUAACAAGAGUUUAAAAAAACUCGAACUGAUCAAUGAAAAUGAAUUCGAUCAUACCGUGCAUAUUAUAACUAAUGAAAUGCUAAUCGAAUUAAAUAAUUUCAAAUUAAAAUCAACUGAAAAAGGUGAUAGUACAUUACAAAUGAAUUCAUCAACACAAGUUGUUGUUGAACAAAAAGAUAUCGAUGGUGAACAAGAAGAUAGUGGUGUUGAUGCAUUCGAUAUCUUGGCAGAAGUCAUUCAAGAAAACAAACCAAGAAUCAUGUCUGAACAAGAACCAGAAGUUUUAAAAAUUACGGAUUACUUGAAAAAAUAA